AUGGCCUCUUUAUACCCCGGCAUCAUGGAGGAACACCAGGGUCAUGUAAGCCUGCGAGCAAGUCAUCAGAGAACAUCUUCACGACUGCAAGAGGAAAGCGAAGUUUUAAAACCACCAAGAUCGAGAAGUGGGAUGGAAAUGGUCAUCGACGAUUUCUACUCAGAUCUUUUCGACAGCCACGUCUACUUCCCUCCUCGCCAUCUGAGGGAAGAUGGACAUGUCAUUCCAAAGGUCCUCCCUUCCGAAGUCCGACAUGCCAUCAUGUCGGUGAAGAAUCUUACUUCACCCGGUCGACAGGAUCAAGCCUGA